AUGGCAGUUGAUUUUCCCUGCGCGGAAUGCUAUCUAUUCCCGCGAGCUGCCGGUGGCAGCGGAGGUUCGGGCAGCGCUGGGUGGGUGCAGUGCCGGGAGGAGGCUGCGGGUGCCGCUGCUGACCGAGGAGGAGCGAGAGGAAGGCCGGAGCGGUAGCAGCCCCGCCCGCUGCGGCCCGGCUCCAUCGCUGGCUGGCUGGCUGGCUCGGCGGCCGGGCGGUCUGCGAGUCCCCCGGUGCGGAGCCGUGCUGCAGCGAGGCGGAGGGGAGCGGAGAGGAGCCCGGAGCGGGAUCCGGAGCCGGAUCGUCGGCUGUUAUCAGCGGCGGAGGUGCGUGGAAUGGCGGGGAGGCGUUGGGGCCGGCGGGAGCGAGCCCUGCUGUGGGGCGUGCUGGUGGCGGCGUGGGAGGCGGCGUGGGGACAGCUGCGCUACUCGGUUCCCGAGGAGCUGCCCAAGGGCUCGUUCGUGGGCGACGUGGCUAAGGACCUGGCGCUGGACCUGACGGCGCUCGGAGAACGCGGCGUCCGCCUCAUCGACAGAGGCAGGACACAGUAUUUCGGUCUGGAGGGGAAGACGGGACAUUUGGUGACAGCGGAGAGGAUAGACCGGGAGCAGCUGUGCCGGCUGGUGGAGAAAUGUGUGCUGCGGUGUGAGCUGAUAGUGGAGGGAGAAAUGAAGGUUUACGAAAUCGAAGUGGAAAUAAUGGAUAUUAACGACAAUGCGCCCAGCUUCAAGGAAACGGAGAUGGAGGAAAGAAUGAGCGAGACGACAGCUCCGGGAUCUCGAUUUCCCCUGUCCGAGGCUGACGACCCGGAUUUGGGACGGAAUUCCCUGCAGAGCUACGAGCUGAGCGGCGACGAGCACUUCUCGCUGGCCGUGCAGACGGGCCCCGGCGGGGAUCAGCGGCCCGAGCUGGUGCUGGCGAAGGCGCUGGACCGGGAGGAGGCGGCGUUUCACGAGCUGGUGCUGCGGGCGAGCGACGGCGGAGAGCCGGCACGGACGGGCACGGCGCGGAUCCGCGUGGCGGUGCUGGACGCCAACGACAACGCGCCCGUGUUCAGCGCGGCGGAGUACACGGUGCGUGUGGCGGAGGACGUGCCCGUGGGCUCCGUCCUCGUCACCCUCACGGCCACCGACGUGGAUGACGGCACUAAUGGACACGUCAAAUACUCCUUGAAGAAAGAUUCGAACAUGGCAUCGGUGUUUUUUCAAUUGGACUCUGAGACGGGAGAAAUAACGCUCUUGCGGAACCUGGACUUCGAAGAAGCAGACUACUACGAACUUAAGUUGCAGGCACGGGACGGAGGGGGCCUUUCCGACACAGCGAAGCUUUCCAUCACCGUGACUGACGUCAACGACAACGCGCCCGAAUUGAUAAUAACCUCUCAGCUGAGCGAGAUCUCCGAGGACGCUCCGACGGGAACUGUGGUGGCCCUACUGCAUGUGCAGGACAGGGACUCGGGAGCCAACGGCCAGGUGCGGUGCUCGCUGGAUAGGGGCGUCCCAUUCCGGCUGGUGAAAUCCCUUGAGAAUUACUACCGCGUGGAGACGUCUCAGGAACUGGAUCGGGAGAAGGUGUCGGAGUACAACGUGACUGUGCGGGCGGCAGACGGCGGGUCGCCGGCGCUGUGGAGCAGCGCGGUGCUGGCGCUGCGGGUGCUGGACGUGAACGACAACGCGCCGGUGUUCUCGGAGGAGCGGUACAGCGCGCGUGUGGCCGAGAACAACGCGGCGGGCGCGGUGGUGGUGCGGGUGCGGGCGUCGGACGCGGACUGGGAGAACGCGCGCGUGCGGUACCGGCUGGUGGAGGGCCGGGUGCGGGGAGCAGCGCUGUCGUCGUACGUGUCGGUGCAGGCGGAGACGGGCGCGCUGUACGCGCUGCGCUCCUUCGACUACGAGGAGGUGCGCGAGGUGGGGCUGUGGGUGGUGGCGGAGGACGGCGGCGCGCCGGCGCUGAGCAGCAACGUGUCGGUGCGGCUGGAGAUCCUGGACGAGAACGACAACGCGCCGCAGGUGCUCUACCCGCCGCCGGCCUCGGCCUCGGGGUCGUCGUCGUCAGUGGGGUGGCCGGCGGUGGAGCUGGCGCCUCGGUGGUCGGAGCCCGGCUCGCUGGUGGCCAAGGUGGUGGCGGUGGACGCGGACGCGGGUCAGAACGCGUGGCUGUCGUACGAGGUGUGGAAGGCGACGGAGCCGGGUCUGUUCCGCGUGGGGCUGCACAGCGGCGAGGUGCGGACGGCGCGGUUCCCGCUGGCCCGCGACGCGGCGCGGCAGAGCCUGGUGGUGGUGGUGAAGGACCACGGGCGGCCGGCGCUGUCGGCCACGGCGACGCUGACGCUGGUGCUGGCCGAGAGCGUGGCCGAGCUGGUGUCGGAGCUGGGCAGCGCGGGCUCGGCGGCGGCGGCGGCGGGGCCGGGCGAGGCGGGCGGCAGGCUGACGCGCUGGCUGGUGGUGGCCGUGGCGGCCGUGUCCUGCCUCUUCCUCGCCUUCCUGCUGCUGCUGCUGACGCUGCGCCCGCGCUGGCGCCGCUCGCAGCAGCUGCUGGCGGCGGGCAGCGGCGCCUUGCGCGGCGUCCCGGCCUCGCACUUCGUGGGCAUCGACGGCGUCCGCGCCUUCCUGCACUCCUACUCGCACGAGGUGUCGCUCACCGCCGACUCGCGCAAGAGCCACCUCCGCUUGUCGCCCGGCAGCUGCUGUGACACCCUGCCGGCCCGACCGCCGCCCGACGAGCCCGCGCCGCUGCUCGCCGAGGACCCUGACGGUGCCCCCUGCCCCCCCCGACCCCACCGCCCCGACCCCGGUGAGUGCCUCUGA